CUCACAUCUCAACGUGUUCUGAUCCAUUAAAAGAAAAUUAACUUGUAUCCAAACAGUACCAAAAAUGAAAGUAGAGCAAGUUCCCCACAUGAAUGGUGGUGUCGGCAAAGCUAGCUAUUCAAAUAACUCCUCACUUCAAAAGGUUGUGAUUUCGAAAGUAAAAAGCACAGUGGAAGAGAGUGCCUUAGAGUUUUAUAGUAGUAUGUUGCCAGAGUGUAUGAGAAUAGGUGAUUUGGGUUGCUCUUCCGGGCCAACUGCCCUGACCGUUACAUCUUACAUUUUGGAUGCAAUAAUGUCAUCAUCCCAAUUCUUGGAUGACGAGAUGAAUAAGAAGAAGCCAUUGACAUUCCAAGUGUUUCUCAAUGAUCUUCCUGGAAACGAUUUCAAUACCCUCUUUCAAUUGCUUUCGAGCUUUUAUGAGAAGCUGAAUAAUAAAAAUGGUGACAGGUUUAAACCCUUAUGCUUUGUCAUGGCUAUGCCGGGGAGCUUUCAUGGAAGGCUUUUUCCUAAUAACUCCAUGCACAUCAUUCACUCUUCUAACAGUUUGCAUUGGUUGUCAAAGGUACCAAAUGGUUUGGUUAGUGAAACAGGAGAAGCACACAACAAAGAUAAUAUUUAUAUUACAAAGACAAGCCCUGGUGUGUUAGUGAAAGCAUACUUGAGCCAAUUCCAAGAAGACUUCACAAUCUUUUUAAGAUGUCGUUCAGAAGAAAUGGUCGUUGGUGGUUGUAUGAUACUAACAAUUAUGGGCAGUGUUGAAAGUAAUGAUCCUAAACAUAUUUUGGAGAUAGUUGGAAGGGUGUUAAGUGACAUGGCCUUCGAGGGCAUAAUCGAAGAGAAAAGUGUGGGCAAUUUCAACGUACCAAUAUAUUGUCCAACUGUGGUGGAAGUUAGAAAUGUGAUUGAAGAAGAAGGAUCUUUCUGGUUGCGAAAGCUUGAAGCUUAUGAAGUUGCUUGGGACACUGGUUUUAGUGAAGCAGAAGGAAAAACAAAUAAUACCAACAUCGAUAAUGAUGAUGAUGAUGAUGAGGUUGACAAACUUAAUAGAGGGGCGUAUGUUUCCAAUUAUAUGAGAGCAGUCUUGGAGCCUAUUAUGAUUAAACAUUUUGGAAAAAGUGUCAUGGAUGAAUUGUUCGAGAGAUUCACCCAAAAGAUCAUUGAAUUUACUGCAAAUGAAAAUUGGACCCACAUAUACUUGGGUAUUUCUUUGACAAAGAAAUAACCAUGGUUGAAGAUAUCAUCGAAUCAAUCAUAUGAUAUGUUUGUUUAUUUCCAUCAUAUCUAUCAAUGUUGCAUUAUGUACUAGUACUGGCACUAGCUUACUUUUGUUUGUUUUGUGUUUUUCAAUAAUGUAUGAAAGAGUCUCUAGCUCUAGUAGUUAUAUAUAAAAGAAUGUGAGAGUUUGUGUAUGAGAGGGAUGAGUUCAAAUUUCAUUCAAUUUAAAGAUAAAAAUGCAUAUAAUUAUC